AUGGGUCAGGAAGGUCUGCCGUCUGAUUAUUUGGAUGACUAUAUGGGGGUGAAAGGGGAACAACAAAGGAAAGGGGGUGAAAGGGGAACAACAAAGGAAAGGGGGCGAAAGGGGAACAACAAAGGAAAGGGGGCGAAAGGGGAACAACAAAGGAAAGGGGGCGAAAGGGGAACAACAAAGGAAAGGGGGCGAAAGGGGAACAACAAAGGAAAGGGGGCGAAAGGGGAACAACAAAGGAAAGGGGGCGAAAGGGGAACAACAAAGGAAAGGGGGCGAAAGGGGAACAACAAAGGAAAGGGGGCGAAAGGGGAACAACAAAGGAAAGGGGGCAAAAGGGGAACAACAAAGGAAAGGGGGCAAAAGGGGAACAACAAAGGAAAGGGGGCAAAAGGGGAACAACAAAGGAAAGGGGGCAAAAGGGGAACAACAAAGGAAAGGGGGCAAAAGGGGAACAACAAAGGAAAGGGGGCAAAAGGGGAACAACAAAGGAAAGGGGGCAAAAGGGGAACAACAAAGGAAAGGGGGCAAAAGGGGAACAACAAAGGAAAGGGGGCGAAAGGGGAACAACAAAGGAAAGGGGGCGAAAGGGGAACAACAAAGGAAAGGGGGCGAAAGGGGAACAACAAAGGAAAGGGGGCGAAAGGGGAACAACAAAGGAAAGGGGGCGAAGGGGGAACAACAAAGGAAAGGGGGCGAAGGGGGAACAACAAAGGAAAGGGGGCGAAGGGGGAACAACAAAGGAAAGGGGGCGAAGGGGGAACAACAAAGGAAAGGGGGCGAAGGGGGAACAACAAAGGAAAGGGGGCGAAGGGGAACAACAAAGGAAAGGGGGCGAAGGGGAACAACAAAGGAAAGGGGGCGAAGGGGAACAACAAAGGAAAGGGGGCGAAGGGGAACAACAAAGGAAAGGGGGCGAAGGGGAACAACAAAGGAAAGGGGGCGAAGGGGAACAACAAAGGAAAGGGGGCGAAGGGGAACAACAAAGGAAAGGGGCGAAGGGGAACAACAAAGGAAAGGGGCGAAGGGGAACAACGAAGGGUCAAGGAAAUAAAACGAAGGGUCAAGGAAAUAAAACGAAGGGUCAAGGAAAUAAAACGAAGGGUCAAGGAAAUAAAACGAAGGGUCAAGGAAAUAAAACGAAGGGUCAAGGAAAUAAAACGAAGGGUCAAGGAAAUAAAACGAAGGGUCAAGGAAAUAAAACGAAGGGUCAAGGAAAUAAAACGAAGGGUCAAGGAAGAAAGCUGA